AUGGGGCUGAGCCUUUUUGGUUGUGAUAUCGCAGCAGAACUCAAAAGGAUGAACGCCAGACAGGUACCUUUCAUAUUGAGAGAUUUCUAAAUUAUUUAUUACUUUAACAUAUUAGUUACACUGUUAUUGUCUUUCGCUAUGCAUACACCCACUUUUCUCAUAUGAAUUCAAGUGAGACGAACAUUGGCCAACAAGUCGAAAAAAGGAUAAAUCGAAUAAAUUCAACAGCUUAGGAUGACCUUAGUCUAUGGUUAGCCAUGACAGUUUGUUGUGCUAGUAGGUAGGAGAAAUAUCGUUGUGUCACAUGUCCCCCCAUGGUUCUCAGCGUUCCCGACAACAUUGCACUGCCAGCAUGCUAGCUUACACUAGCCGAUGAUGGCCAAAUGAUUGCCUUGUAUGUGCUUGUGUGUGUCGCGUGACUACUUGAGCGGGAGAACCCGUCCGUGAGUCCCAGUGCAUGACUCGCAUGCGGCAUCGUAGGUAACAUUGAGACACGCACGCUUUGGUCAAACGUCGUACUGCGUAUGCCGAGGGUGCGCUAUAAGUAGGCAGUCCGCGCAAGUGUUUCACAGUUUCGCGCCGACGAUUAGCCAGAACUGUAGGCUGCAGAGUCCCUCGGACGUCCAUAUCGAAUGCGCGCGAGGCGCAUGUAUGCACCCAUCCGCAACGCAUGUGCCAGCGAGGCAGUGGCUCGCGCGGGUUUUGCCCCGUCAGCCAGUUGUAUGACUAUAUAUAAACUAGCCACUGAAUUUCAGUUGAUGGCCCAUUGCUUACCAUGUGUCAGUGCAUCGGUAAAGGAUGAUUUCAUUACCAUGCCAGUUUAUUUUUUGAAGUCCAGGCUAAGAUAUCUUUUGCCUCCACUUACUGACUUGGAAAUGCUCUAAAGUUAAUUUAACUUGAAGUCCAUAUAGUGAAUUUUUGCAUUGAAUCUAAUAUUCCAGGCGUCUCAAGCGGCAGGAUUCGCCAUCAUCUAGAGGAAGGCGCCGUAGAAACUUGUGCGCGAAUUGGUUUAUAGUGAACCGGACCAUCGCAUCGUCUGUCAAACUCUACUCCCACUUUUACCAUGCUCCAGUCGACCAUUUCAAUGUAGCCGAAAAUUGAGGUGAACGUGGUGGCUGACAAAUAUAACUAGUCUGUCUAUGAGUGGAGCACACAAACUUGUCCCUAAAUGUAUUUCAGUCAAUCAUCAAAGGAGAUUUUGGACUGCUCUUGAGGAUGACGUCGUCCACAGGAGUCUUAUCUGGAAGGGUCCAUUGCAUUCUGAUUCUAAAUCCUUUUGCUGUAAUCCUUCCGAGCCAGAACUGCUAACGUCUUCUUUACCUAUGCCAUGGAAUUAAUGUGUGGGAUUUGAGGUUGACCGAUCUCGCCAUCUUCCCCUUCGCAUACCAGGGACGAUUGCCAUCGCUUACUUACGUGAUUAAGCGCAACGAAUGGUGUGAAAAUCAUCGUUUGCUCCUGUUACGCGUGUGGUGGGUCUUCACUUAACAUACAGUAGACUUCAUCACUCGCUCAAUGUUACGCCUGUCUCUGCGACGUUGGGAGAUCGCAUCUUAUGCAGUUCUUUGUUGAUCAUUAUCUCGUACACGCGUGCGGUCGAACAAACCUAUGCUUUGUCUGUGUGUGGGGUAUGUCCGUGCGCUCCUAUCACAUCAAAAUAAACGGGACCACAUUGAAUCAUGACAUGCGUUGGCCGGACCGUACUUAGUUUAACUGUGCCGGCAUGCUUUAGACCGAAGCGCGCGAGGCGUCAGCCACUGCCUGGCCGGCUAAAGGGUCAGCAUAGGUUGCUGGUGCAUGGUAGAGAUAUGAGGGCGACGCCAGCACCAUAGUACCCUUCUGCGCGGCAACUAAGCCCAUUUAUUGCAGUACUUAAUCUUACAUGCAUGAUUCUAUUACUCCACCCUAAAGUCGUAGCUUGGAAGAAUGCCAGCUGACGUGAUAACUUAGUCCUCCUAUAGAACUAGGUCAAAACUACACCAACUCCUUAUUACCAUGACCGUAAUGAUAUCUAUUACUUUGAGAUCUUAGCUCUCGUUUUGCACAAAUUAGACGGUGGCUUCACGCAACUCCGGUCACUGUGCCGAAUCGCCCCCCAUUCAUCUAUACUGAGACAGGACGCUUGGACAUGGGGGAAGUGAGGGAGUAGCGUUGAUCAAGCCCGGACCAAGCACUUAGCUUCCUCAAUAUGAAUGAGUUAAACGUUUUAAAACUGUCACGGUGCGAUAAAAAUUAUAUUGUGGAAAGUCGGCGUCGUACGGGAUUAAUAGGUCCUUAAUGUAAUGUUUAUGAUAUUCCAAUUUGAGUAACAUUCCAAACCUCAUUAGAGCCUGUUACAUGUAGCGUUGGGAGUGCAAUCGUGUGUGGCACACGUAGGUGGUCCAUUUAACGUUGUCAGCCGCGGCACCCACAGCCAUUUCGAUGACAGUGACCUUGCAUUGCCUUCGGAACAGGAUGGGCAUGGGAAGGAAGAACUGAGACAGAUGCCGUAAAAGUCUACCUCAUUGCAAACAAAUUCAUUCACAAAACUGCCACUUCCGCCCAUGUGGAAUACUGAUGAUCGGUGUAAGGAGGACUUGAACUUUUCGGUCCCUGCCCCUGCCACUGGUUCUCGAGUUGUACGUAGCUGAGUAAAUAAGUACGAAAAUCGAAUUGUUGGCUGCAGUGGGACCACGUCGGCGCUGCAUCCGCUUUGUUGAUGGUUAUGCCAUAUGCUCCUGCGGCGCUCGCGAGGCAGUGGAUGUGACCAUGUUGGACUAGGGAAAAUUGGAACUGGAAUGCGGUGUAGCAUUGAUGGCAUAUGGAUGGCGUCUUCAGUUGUGAUGAGUGUUUUGCGGUGUCUGAGGUGGGUUGGCCUGGUCGACGUUGUGGUGGAUCCAAAAGUGUGUCCAGCGAAAUCAUUUCGGGGCAAAAAUGUUGUCAGGAGUCGGACGUUGGUUAACUACAUUCCAGUCUUGCGCGCUUUGCUCUCCGUUUUUACCUCUCGUGUUUCCCUGGCGUCGAAAAUUGGAGCUCCAUUUUCCACUAUAGUACGUUCUGACUUUGUGCACAAACGUCCUUGAUCUUUUGGCUGGUUUCUAAGAGCUUGACAGUGUUAUUCAGGGUUCCACGGUUACGGUAGAAUAGUCGCUUUAACGCUCCCCCUAUAGCCAUCUUUUUUGACGUGGUCGGUCCGUCAUCUAACACGAGUCGAGGGAGGCGGUGGUAGCAAAUGAUAAUCAAUGAUGUCCUCGGCCUGUAAGGCAACUGAGAGAAUACUAAAACCAAGCCAAUGGCUCCGCGAUGGUUGGAUUUGCCGACAGAUUGAGCUAGGUCCUUCAGCCAAGUUCGGGAAAUUACUGCAAAAGUAACCAAGCAUUCUAGCCUGUAAUCGUUUUUCUGAAUAUGGGAUAAUACCUACUCAUUUUCAGACAUCACCAGCUUCUGUGCCUUGUCUUAUCCAGACGUAUUUCUUUUUCAGAUAUACUUUCAAAUCCUGACGUUCAGUAUGGUUCUGACUUCGGCUCUGAUGAUAUGGAAAUCCCUGAUCGUUAUAACAAAUAGCGUUAGCCCUAUCGUUGUUGUUCUAAGGUACUGCAACAGUUGGUCUCACUUCUUUUAGUGGAAGCAUGGAGCCUGCGUUCUAUCGAGGUGACCUGCUAUUCCUGACAAACUACGAGUCGGAGCCAAUAAAUGUUGGCGAUAUUACAGUUUUUAAAAUUGAGGACCGAGAUAUACCCAUCGUUCACCGCGUUCUGCGCGUGCAUGAAUCGUGAGUGUUAAUACAUGCUUUCUGCCCUGUUCGCUUGUACUUUUCGUUUUUAGUAUGUUUUUUCGUUGAAACUACUUUACGGGUGGUGUAUUUGACUACGUACGCAUAAUUCCACUGACUUUUCUAUUCAAUUUCGAUGGUCUAGGGCUCAGGCGCUGCCCUUUUGUGCCCUUUUACGAUGACUGAGAGGAUGAUGCUGAACAGUAUGAACACCUUGACAACUUGGACAACAUUAGAAAACGUGAUCUCCGGAAAGCCAUUCUAAUGAUGUCCUUGGGCCAUUGUAUUCUCCACUUUAUUUGUAGCUUUCUUCAUUUACCAAACCCAACCACGUCGUUUUAACGGUCACUUGAGUCAUCUCCACUCCCAUCUAGGCAAUGAUUGCAUAUGAUCUUGCGAUUAGUAAAUUUUUUAACUAAUCAUGACCCCUCUCUCCCUUAUACCUAUUUUCAAGGAAAAAUGGGACGCUAAAGUUUUUGACAAAAGGUGACAACAACGCUGUUGAUGACCGAGGGCUCUACGCCCCCGGUCAGGAUUGGCUGGAAAAGAAGCACGUGAUGGGCCGCGCAAAGGGGUGAGUCUUCCCUGCAUGCCAAUGUUACGCACUGUACCUUAUUCGUUUUUCUAAGUGAAAAAUGACAGCUAAUAUUUCCUGCGAGCACUUGGCUUCCACUUGCGCUUACUUUUAGUUUUCUUCCAUACAUUGGGAUGGUCACAAUCGUCAUGAACGACUACCCGAAGUUUAAGGUUGGUCGCCUGUUUCUCUUGUUUGUAUAUAUCCUCCACUUUCGCAAUUCACUCUUCUAACCUUUUGAUCUUAAAAACAACGACACAGCCAGUUAAUUCCUCCAUGUUCACUUCCAUUCCCACAAACGUACUUGGUACAGCUGUGGUCAUGCGUUAUCUGGCCGACCUCAGUUAUGUCCCCUACGAUGUCCGUCCAUGCAUGACGAUCUGCGAUAACGCACUAGUGAGCUCGAUCUAGCUACGGGAACUACCAAUAUAAGCCGACUUCGGUUUUGGGUCGACCUCCCCCUUAGUCCCGCCGACUAAUUCUUGCCAGCGACAUUGAGCUUUAGCAUGGAUAGUGAAGAACGUGCCGUAGUGGCCGCAUAAAAACAUCGACACGACUUGUCUUAGCCAUCUUGCGACAAUGGGUGGAUGAAUUUUAUCGGUUCCGUCUUUCAUGUGUUCUACACACGAUCUUUUCCCAAACUAACCCUUUAUCUUCCAUAUUUUCAGUACGCCGCGCUGGGAUCACUGGCCGUUUUCAUGCUUGUCAGCAGGGAACAAUAA